CAGCUGACUGGACGGUGCAGAACUUGGUAGAUUGCCUACACUUUCUAGGUCCCUUUUUGCAUGGCCAAAAUCAGAUUAACAGAACUUCAACAUUGGCAAGUUAAUUCAAGUUUUCAAACGAAUGGAUUGUGAGGGUCGAGCAAGUAAGGAACGUUCACGAUCUCUUCUUUAUAACGAUUGUAGAAAUUCUAAGAGUGGCAUUUAGUGGGAUAUUUCCUUCCCUUCUGGCAAUGCCGCGACGAUUUGAUAGGUCAGAUCAGCUGAUUCUUGAAUUAAUCACGAAAACGGAAUCGCCAUGGAACCCGGCACCAGAUGCCAAUAGCUAGGUUAUGUGUCAAAGGUUUGUAAACAAGGAGUUUAUGGUGAGAUAUGGAGUUCGAGUAUGGUCUCAGUGUCCUCGCUCGCGCAUGAUUGCACACUAAAAUAUCAAUGCAAUAUAGGCGUGGCGGUUAACACAAGAAUCGCUUUCUAUCGAAUUUUGUACGAGAUACUUUAACCAGCACAUUCUUUUGGCGGUUUGUGGGCGAACGUAAGUAACUUCAGAAUGGCCAAACGAUUCUCGCACUUCCAGCCGAAUUCAUUUGCCAGCAAGAAGCCAAAGUUGGACAUCAGCUUCGGCAAACCGGAUGGAGGUGCAGGUUCCAGCAAAUCCAGACAUGUACCCCGGACCGCCAGUCUCAUCAACGGUAGUAGCGAAAACCUAUUUGAUGAUGGGGACGAUGACGUUAUCUUACUAGCAUCUCAAAAUGUUGAAGCAGAGCACAAUCGAGAACAAUUCUCUCAGCAAAUCUUCAUUGAUGAAUCUCUGAGUGAAAUAUCCUUUAGUAAAUUUGCACGUGAACUGCCAACAAGCACGCAAAGGAUAACAACACUGCGCGAUAAAGUUGAUCCUCCAAAGACUUCAGUGAAUGAUGCAUUUGACAAUAUUGAGAAGUACUUUGAAGAUGAAAUUGAGAUUCAAAUGAAAGAAAUUGACGAAAGGGAAAAUUUUAAAGCUCCGCAACCAGUGAAAAGGGAUCCGCCAGUUAAUGAAUUGUCCGGAAAUCCAAUGUUAGAUACUCGUAAAUCGAUGAAAGAACGUGAUGGUUUGAUUUCCCAAGUGAAUUAUUUCACGGAAAAAACAGCUGCUUAUAAGGAACAAAUCGAAAAAUUAAAAAAGGAGGUGUCUGAAUUUAAUGAUAAAAUUCAAACGAAAGACGGCGAGGUCUCUAUGGUGCGAUACCAACUGCGGCAAUUGCAACAACAGAAUGAAGCUUUGCGUCUAGAGAAAAUGCAGGAGAUUGAUAAUAUCAAAAAAGAAUGGCAAGAAAAGAUAAAUGAGCUGGAUAAGCUAAUUAAAUCACAGCGAGAUGAGCUAGAAUUCAAAAAUGUGGAAAUAGUGAAUUUGAAGUCUUCAAGGUUGAAUGAAUCUCAAAGAAAUUUCGAAUACGCCGAAUUAAGGAAGAACUUUCAAAAUGUGCCUUUUUUGCACAAUUUGCAUUUAGACUUGACUCGGAAAUCCGUAGGUAGAGCAAGAGAGGAAAUACCGAAAGAACUAUUCGAAAGAAGUUUAGUUCGUGAUGAAAAGCUGAAAUUUCGCGAUUCCUUAUUCCAAAGAGAAUUGGAAAACAUGCAAUCAGGACUUUCACAUAUGAGAAUAAUGGAGCGCGAGCACCUCGAGAUGAAUAAUCCAGUUUCUAAGCAGAUUAUAAUGUCGUUGAAAAAUUCGAUUAAAGCACUUCUUAGUUACGCGAGGAAAUUGGAGUUCAUGAAAUUCAUCGAAACAAAUGCUAGCGUCGAAUACAGGUUUUUGUGCGAAGAGCCUCCCGAUCGACCUAGUUGUGCUAUCCACGAAAGAAAUGAAAAUAUCUUCCAGGAGAAGAAAUUGUACUCGAUGGAAAAAGCGGAAAUAGCUCGACGCUUAGUCGGCGGAUUUGCUAUAGCAUGCAAAUAUUCAAUUGCAGUGUGGAAGAGUUUAUUAACUGAGCGUGUUAACAACAUUACUUUGCUCGAAACACUCAGCGAAAUUGUCAACCUUUUAGGAUUUUCGAAGGAACUUUACACCCAUUUUGGGUUAUUGGAGUCUCUUGAAUAUUUGCUUCUAAGUUUUGUUCAAAAUUGCACGGAAAGCGAAACCAGCGCUGCUUUGAUCAGUCAAUUUCUUCGGCACUUGGUAUUCUGUCGCCCUGGAUAUCGGCCGCUAGUGCCAAUCUCGGAGUGCCUAGUGUACAUCUCUGUGAAGUUCACUAGUUCUCCAGUAUUAGACUCUCUAUGCAACGAUAGUCCUUUGGGGUCAUUUGUUUUCAAUGAGUAUUAUAAAAUAUUUCAAUUCUCGCCGCGUUCUUGUAUGCUGCAAGUUUAUGGAGCGUUGCUUGAAACCGCGUUUGCUCAAGAUGUUGUAUUAAGCCGAAUCCAAGUCGACUGCUUGCAGAAAAUCUGCCGAAAUCACAUUAUAUUUUUAAGUAGUUGUUUUGAACGUAACGUGAAAUGGAUUUUGAGACCGCAAAGUAGUUCGAAAGACUGUGACUGUUAUGUAAAAGCAAUAAACAGCGCCGUAAUCUUGAUUCACUUGGUGCUAAAACAGUGGACCUCUGAUCCGAAGAGUAUUGAUAUAAGAGUUGUAGCGGACAUGUCACGCAGUGGUGUCUUACUUCUCUGCAGUGCGUUCUACAAGAACUAUAGGCGCGAUGUGCUUCAAAAUGGUGGUAGUUCGGUGAAGCAUCGAUUGCACAUGAUCCAUGACUGGCUGAAUGAGUAUAAAAGCGUGUUUCAAUUUAAAUCCGCACAUUGUUACGCCCUUCAAUCAAUCAAAUUGGCUCAUAUUAUUGCAGACCCAAUUCGCAUGGAUGAAACAUCAAUAGGCGAUUCCUUGGAACAAGGUGAUGCUAUUUGGUCGGAAGUCUUCGAAAAUUUUGUUUAAAUUGAUAUUGUCAGUACUGAGUACAAAAAAUAUACAUUUUUGUAUAACGAAAGUAAACCACCAUCUAUUUACUCAAUGGAGAAAAAUAAAACAAGGAUUGCAAUUCUGCUCAA